AUGAUUUGCUGCAAGAUAUAUUUAACGCUAUCAGCUCUAAUUACUUGUCAUGUAAGUGCAAAUUAUGAACGUUUGAAAAAUUGGAGUCCAUCAGAGAGCAUAUCGCAUUCUUGGAAUAACCAGUAUGACAUUUAUGAGGGUGCUCCUUCGGAGAUUCUGCCUGAUUAUAGUUUUUAUGAACUGAGCAAAGAUCAACCUAUAGAUCGUUUCGGAAGUCCAUCUGAACCUUUUCCUAUUACUAUUAAGAAAGAACCUAUUGAAGAAAAAUACUUGAAAAAAAUUCCAUUUUAUGUGUUCUCUAAUAAAGAUUCCACAAGGUACAAGGAAUUGACUCCUGACUUGGGAGUUGCGCACUGUCAAGAGAUCAAGGUGAAAUCGAUCGGAAAGGAUGGUGAACCCAGGAAAGGCAUUACGACUUGUUACAAUUGCAAGGAUCCAAAAACUAAAUCCACGUACGAACGUUGUUUAUAUAGCAGUCAUCCGGAAGAGAGUGUAUCCGCUAAUACGAAAGUGGAAAGUUAUCUAUCUGCGCCUACUAUCUUCAGAUAUCGAAGAUCCAAUUACGAAGGAAACAAAGAUAAUUACGGACAACUACGAAAUCCUUACCGGUUCACUGAUGAGUAUUUUACCGAUGCUACUCAUGGCGUACCAACUGCAUACAAAAACAAAGGAGAAAAAUGUGAUAAGAUCGUAAAAGAUUCUAUGGUGUGCAUGGUGUGCAAAGAUGCUAAAACCAAUGGCAAAUACGAGCAGUGCUCGUAUGUAAAGCCGCAUGAGAAAGCAUACUCUUAUGUAAAAUCUAGCACGUUUGGAAAACCUCAAAAAAGUGAGGAAAACGAUAGCGAUGAACGUCCCGAUCCAAGCAGUGUAGAGUCUCAUGAAUAUUCUUAUCCUAGCGAGGAUUAUUCCGAAAAGACUUCAGUGAACGAACAGGAUGAAGUGAAGGAUGCUCCUUCAUCAGAUUGCAAACAGGUACAAAAGGAUUCCAAGACCUGCACGGUGUGCAAGGAUUCUAAGACAGGCGGUACUUAUGAGAAAUGCACUUACAAUUAUCAACCCAGCGAUAAGUUAUAUAAAUAUAGCAGAUCGAAAACUUUUGGUUUUCCGGAUAAGACCUCGGAUUCUACUCGGGACAGUCAGGACUCAAACAAGAGUGAAGCAUCGGAAAAAUCAAAGAAUUUUGAUUAUUCGCAAGGUUCCGAUUCUGCUCCUGAUUAUAUAGAUAAAUCGGAACAGUCUACUUAUCCACGGAAAUCCAACAGAGCCGUAGAAGUUCAACAAGUCCCGAAUGAUUCCGACGGUACAUCUCACAAUUCACCCAACUAUAGCAGCGAUUACUCCAAUUCCGAAGCGAGUGACUACCAAUUUCCUUCAUAUAAUAGCGAUUCUGAAUCUUAUGAUGGCCAAAAGACAUCUUCUUCAAAACCUGUUUCGGAGAGUUACUCUGAAAAUAUCAGCUCUGAUAAUUGUAAAACUUUACAGAAGGAUUCAAUGACGUGCAAGAUUUGCAAGGAUCCGCAAACAGGCAACGAUUUCGAACAGUGUUCAUACUCGUAUCAGCCCAGUGACAAGCUCUUUUCUUACAGUACAUCCAGGUCGUUUAGCACUCCACAGAAAUCCGAGCGAACACCGCACGAAGACAAGCACCCAUCCGACAGUUCUGAAAUUACGAAGAAGUCUUACGAUGAAUACGUUCCAGGACUAAAUUACGAAGCUUCAUCGACGGAUGAAGCAACAUCUAGGGAUGAUGCGGAAGGAAAGAAAGGAGUGGAAGCUGGAUAUUUGGACACUGUGAAAAAGAAGGCCGAGAUCGAGGAAUUUAUGCAGAAGUUUCAGAAAGAGGACCGAUCGAAUUGUAAAAAGAUUAUGCGCGAUAAAAUGACCUGUUACCAGUGUAUCGACGGUGAGGGUUUUCAAAAAGAGGAAUGCGCUUUUGUCACCGGACAGGAGCCUGACAAGGAUCAGCUUGUAUUUCACGAAACGAAAGAAUUUCAAGUUGAUUCCGCGCCCCGAGUCCGCGACAUCAAAUCGUCAAGCUCGACUAAAACGAAAGGGGUAGAUUCUUUAGAACCAAGCACGUCUGCCAGCAAAAAUUCGUACGUUAGAGUGGAGAAGCCGGACAAUGAUUAUCCCGAUGAGGCAUCGCAUACCGCAGAGGAAACUAAGGAAGCUGAACCAUAUGAUUAUACAUCGGAAACAAGAGCCAAAUACGACAAGGUCCUUAGAUUAACUCUACCAGCAUACAUGUCUACCACUUCGGAACAUGAAGCAGCGUUUGAUGAGAUUGUAGCUUCUGAUCAGGAUCAGCGCUGA